CCAAACUCAAAUUCAAAUGAAAUUCCAACAUUAUAUAUAGAGAACAAGUUGCAACCAUUUUUCCUCAGUUUAAGCUCAAGAGCAAUGGACUCAUAACAUUAGUAGUAGAAAAUAUUAAAAAAUUUGUGAAUAAUUCUUUUUAUUUUUCUCAUAAUUUCAAUAGCCUCGGCGGCGCAACCUAAUUCCGCCACCGUAUAUGGCGAAAGGUCGGAAAUUAACUACCAGCCGAAGCGAACGUUUAUUAGGAACAUACGGUUACUCUCACUACCAAGGCUCCACUGCCGCCGAUCCAUCGGAGCUCCGGGAAGAGGAUAUCUGGUCCACGGCUGCCGGAGAUUCCGGCGAAGUUGACUUGAAUCUCUCUGAUGAGUGGGAAUCACCAAACGCUGCCACCACUGAGAGUAACGGCGGAUCGUCGUAUCGGAAUCGGCGUCGGAUUACUCAGAACGGCGACGAAAACCGUCAAUUAGGUGGUUUAUCACUUGCGUUUGAAGAUCCGGCGAGUGAUGCCACGUCAGCGACGGCGAGGAUUGUGCAUCAGUUCCGUUCGCAUGAGAGUGUUGCGUCGUCGCCACGUGGACGACACAUGGCAACAUCGUUGCCGGUGAACGUGCCGGAUUGGAGUAAGAUACUCCGAGUUGAGUCGGUUGAAUCGUUACAUGACGAUAGUUUCGACGACGAUGAUGAUUCGGAGAUGGUUCCGCCGCAUGAGUACUUGGCGCGUAGCCGUAAGAUGGCGGCGAAAUCGGUUUUUGAGGGUGUGGGUCGAACUUUGAAGGGUCGUGAUUUGAGCCGGGUUCGUGAUGCUGUUUGGAGUCAGACCGGGUUCGAUGGGUAAAUUAUCCGGUUCAGGUGGUGGUUUUUUUGUUGUCUAAAAGGGUUCUUGCUUCCACCUUGUGUUGUUUGUAAUUUUAGUUAAUUAUGAUUGUUAUUGUUAUUAUUGUGGUUAAUUAAUUAUUUAAUUAAUCAGAUUCCACUUGUGGUUGUUGGUUAAUUAAUUUAAUUAAUAUUUAAUACAUUUGUUUAAUUAUUAGAAUGGUGGUUUUUAUGGGCAAUGAUUCGGUUGGGUGGACUUGGGUGAUUAGAGUCCAACUCAGUGGCCAGUGAGCCUAAUUAAGCAGCAAGCAAAUGCCAAACUGUUAAUUAGCAUGUAAUAAUUGAAAAGAAUUUGUAAUUUCAUUUGCUGAAUUAUGAUCAAGGUCAUUGUCUCA